AUGGCCAUAGGAAAGCGAACAAGAAGCGCUACCGCCUCAGAAUCCGAGUUAUCUUCUCCGCGUGCCAAACGUCAAGCUCGAGUCGAGAUCUUCAGUGACCACAACAAGGACAAGAACCCAUUUCUUUCCUGCUCUAAUCGUGCGCGUCCCCAACAUGACACGCUUUCGAGCCCAAUUUCAACAACAUCGAGAACGAUCAAGCAUGGCCUCGGUACAAAUACAGUGGGCUUAUCUGCCGAAAACGACGAAAACUCGGAAUUCCCCCAAAUACCAACUCCUCAAACACCAAGACAUCGAGACGCACUCUCCAAAAAGGCGCCGGUUACCCCUCGGCAUCGCGUUACUAUUAUUGGCAAAGCCCUCACACCACGAGGUCCUCGAACACCGGUAACACCCAACGGAUCAAUCACAACUGUGUACAGUCGGGCGAGACAACUAUUUACGCGCAGCUCGGAACCAGGGAAGCUUAUUGGAAGAGAUGCGGAGAAUCAGGAAUUGACCCAUUUCGUCCAAGAUCGCAUCGCUAAUGUAACUGGGGGAUGUAUCUAUGUCAGUGGUCCACCGGGAACUGGCAAAAGUGCUAUGGUCAGCGAGAUCACGACCGACAUCGAAACAUCUCCAAUAGUGAAGAAGGCGUAUGUCAAUUGCAUGAGUCUGAAGACAUCGGGUGACAUCUACCCCGUUUUGCUGGAGGCCUUGUGUGACGAUCUCGAGGUUCUGGAAGGCGAUGAAGCCAAGACAUUGCAAAGCAUAUUCGCUCCCAGGAAGAAAUCGAAGACGGUUUACGUUGUCACCUUGGACGAGAUUGAUCAUGUCCUCACUCUGGACUUGGAGAUAUUAUACAAGCUGUUUGAAUGGUCUCUGCAAAAAUCAUCGCACCUCAUAUUGAUUGGAAUUGCGAAUGCUCUGGAUCUGACCGAUCGCUUCCUACCUCGCCUAAAGGCCCGCAAUAUGAAGCCUCAACUUCUUCCAUUUCUUCCAUACUCCGCACCUCAGAUCAAAUCUAUCAUCACCGCCCGGUUAAAGACUCUUGUGAGCAAAGACAGCCCUACGCCAGACUAUGUACCAUUUCUCCAUCCUGCGGCUAUCGAAUUAUGCUCCCGGAAAGUCUCAAGUCAGACAGGAGAUUUGCGCAAGGCCUUUGAUAUUUGCCGGCGUGCAAUUGAUGUCAUUGAAGCGGAGGUCAGGCAAAAACACGAACAGGCACUCAACGAACGGAUGAUUUUAUGCUCUCCAAGCAAAAGACCUCUGAAAGAGAAUGCGAAUUUAUCGUCGCCGGUUGGCCUCUCAAAAAACCAUGAUAUGACUGCGCAGAGGUCACUUGCCCAGUCGCUUGCUGAACUCACCGUUGAGACGGCUCCUCGAGCGACAAUCGCCCAUGUCAACAAAAUCACUUCCGCUACAUUUGGUAAUGGAGCAAAUCAGCGAUUAAAAACUUUAAAUCUUCAGCAGAAGGCUGCGCUAUGCGCCUUAGUGGCCCUCGAAAAGCGCAAGAGGGCAGCCGCGGCGGAUGUUAUGGCAACCCCUUCAAAAUCCAACAAUGUGGCCCCUACUAUCAAAGCUCUCUAUGAUGUCUAUUGUAUGCUAUGUACACGCGAUGCUAUUCUUCAUCCUCUUACAAGCACGGAAUUUCGGGAUGUCAUUGGAAGUCUUGAAACGCUGUCUCUGAUAAGUGCGGUUGAUGGGAGAAGCGGCUCGUUUGUAGCGCUAAGCACGCCGAGCAAGAGAGCUCGGAAGUUUGGUUCUGGUGUUGGAACUGGGGGUGAGAAACGGGUUGGUAGUUGUGUAGGGGAGAAAGAGAUCGCACAGGCUGUUGAGGGGCUCGGUGCGGGUAUUCUGAAGAGCAUAUUAAAUGGCGAAGGACUUGAUUGA